AUGCAAGUCUUUGUUACCGGUUUGGAAGGUGAAGUAGAGCUUAUUGAUGCGGUACCUGAAUCUACGUUGGGCCAACUCAAGGCUUUGCUAGGAAUUACAAAUGAAGUUCUGUAUUUUGGAAGUAAAGUUCUUGAUGACGACAGUGCUGCCUUGACGGACUAUGAACUUCAUCACGGUUCCACUCUGAAUGUCAACGCAAGAUUGGUAGGAGGUAAAGUCCACGGUUCUUUGGCUCGUGCUGGAAAAGUUCGUGCACAAACUCCAAAAGUUGAGAAGCAGGAAAAAAAGAAGAAAAAGACAGGUAGAGCUGCUCGUAGGAUUCAGUACAAUAGGCGAUUUGUCAAUGUUGCUGUUUCUGGUCCUGGCAGGAAGCGUGGACCUAACUCGAAUGCCGCAUAA